UAAUAAGGAGUCGCUACACAGCCUUGUUAAAUUUGCCUUCACGCAGAAAUUGUUCCUUUUCGUUCGCGACACACGUUCGCCGACGAUUUCGUUUUAUUGUGUUUCUCGUGUUUGUUUGUUUUUUAUUUCUUUUUUGUUUUAUUUUCUUAAUGCGCGCCUAUCCCGACGGUAGUUGCAUCCGCACUCGGUAUGCAAGUAUACGACAUUGUAUAUGAUUUCUGUUAUAAUUAACGUUUUGUUGAUUGUACCACUUGUACUGUACUUCUUGAUGGAAUAAAACAUUUUUAUGAUAUUCCUACGAGUCUUUGAGAAAGAUGACUGUUUUAUUUUCAUGUACUUGAUGUAUUAAACACCCGUUGCUAGCUCUACUGGACAAUCGGACACGCAACUUGGUUUGCCGAUAUGCAAGCCGAGCACGUAAAGGAGAUUCACGCGCGAGCUUGUGCUCCUCAGGGUCAGGUGACGGGAAUAACUCAUGAUACGAAGAUGAUCAAGGCGGAGGCCAGUUUGGAGGAUGUAUGUUCAAUAAUGAUGGUAGAGUCCAAAGAAUUCAGCUAUGAGGAAGAGAGACCAUUGAACCCGAGGAAGAACCGUAGCGAAUCCAUGCGAGGCGACAUCGAGAGGCAUACAUGCACGCGGUGCUUCAAAAGUUACAUACAUGCGUGGCACUUAAAAAGGCACAUGAAAUUCGAAUGCGGCCAGGAACCGAGAGUCCAAUGUCCUUAUUGCACUAUCAAGAUGAAACAACGUGGCCAUGUUUAUAGACAUAUCCGUCAGUGCCAUCGGGGCAAGAAGGUCUUUGUGAUCGAUCUCAACUGAGACUCACAAAGAGCGAUGAAGAAUUGAACUCUUGAAUAUAUAUACAGUGCAAUGUUUCUUUUUCUUUGUUAUUUAUGUAUUGUUUAUCUUUUUUUUAAUAUAUCUUACAUUAGUUUGAAAGUUUUUGAAUCUUUCUUCGUGGACUAUUUGAUUCCAAGUAAUUAUUUAUAUGAGUUGAUUUUGUGUGUAAUUUCCGACGGGCAUUGUGACAGAGAAGCUGCCUUUUUACUGUGUUUUCAAACCUCUUUGUCGAUCAUUUACAGUAUUACAGUACUGAUGCUGACAUGUCUAGUCAUUAUAAUUAAAAUUUGGACGUGAACAAAUGCUAAAUUAUGAUUUGCAGAAAUUAAUUUUAUUCAUACACUGUGUUAUCCUGUAUCUUGUCUCAUUUUCCCAGAAAACGAGAAAAACGACAAAUAAAAUAUAAUAUUUUCGUAUUUAA